AUGUAUCGUAAGUAAAUAUAAAAAAUGGUGGCAUCUUGUGUAGUUUGUGGUCGUUGUCAAGAUGUUUAUGUGGGGAUAUGUUUUCAUACGUUCCCAUUAAAAGAUGAGAACAGAAUGCAGGCCUGGUGUUCUGCAAUGAAUUGGCCUAGAGAAAGAGUGGCAAAACAUUGGAGACUUUGCAGCGUACAUUUUACCGCAGAUUCUGAUAAAGAAUCCGUAAUAUCCGUUUACAGUAAACAUUUGAAAAAAGACGCAGUACCAUCCAUUAUUAAUAUGUCUGAUGAAGAAAUUAUAAUUGUGAGAAAUGCACUUCAAAAUCUCAUUUAA